AUGGCCCCCUCACCUCCGGCCGCCACAGAUGGCUCCAAGACGUGGACACCCUCGUAUCUCUUUCCAGAGAUUGAGGACGAUCAGAAUCCUUGGAACAGGAUCCACGCCCAUCUCGAAGCAAAUGAGGUCAAAGCUGCCGUGUGUGCAGCGUUUGACCUGCCCGUGGGCGACAGUUUCACAUAUCAUGCUUCCGCAAGUGUCAAUCUGAGUCAGGUGCAAGCUGCGAUUCAUGCCGGGAGAGCUAAUGGUCUGCAUGCGUGGUAUCUCGAACGGCACCCCAUCCUCUUAGAGUCUGCAGAGUCACCAGUCAAUCAUGAGGGUGAUAUCGAUCAUAGCGUUCUCGGCCAGUCUACUUCACAGACUAGCGGAUACCCACCCCCUGCUGACGUGUAUGCUUAUAUAUCUUUAUUCGACCCUUCCAAGGUAGCCGCCAACAGCUUGAGGUCGUUUGGAGCGAAUGCGAAGAAGGGUUCUAUCCGUGCUACCGUCGCCGACUACUUGUCGUCAAAGAGACACCUCGACUCUUCAAUCUCAGUAUCCAAGCUCAAGGUCAUCCCAGCCAAGGAUGGAAGGACUACUGUUGGGCACCAGAACCCAGCCCUAGACUUUUGGGCCUAUUCAGUGUCUGCCCUUGAGUAUGCGGGUCCCAAUCGAAACACAUCUUUCGUACGGUCUUCACACCAUCUGCUCCCAGUCUUUAUGCAUCAUUUUGGCUGCGUAGCUCCUUCCUAUGAAGCACUGCAAGUCAUCAAGAAGCUUGCAGGCGGAAAAUCCGUGAUUGAUAUGGGCAGUGGCAACGGGUACUGGACGUUGAUGCUACGGCGGUUGGGCCAGAACGUGGUGGCCAUUGACAGUGGGCAAAGCAAAUGGCGCACAGUCUGGAUACCCGAUACUGUGGUCACAGAUGGGAUACAGUACCUGCGUCGACGAUCUGGCUGUCCUGAUAGCCUCAUGCUUCUCGUCUAUCCUGUGGUUGGAUGGGACUUUACGCGCAAGGUCAUCGAGAGUUACACCGGCGAUGUGAUCUGUUUUGCCGGGACGCAGAAUGGAAAUGGUUACACAGGCUUCAAGGACCAGAUGAUAGACGAAUACAUGACGAUAGAACGCCCCGGAUGGACCAAGGUAGCUCAGAUUCCCCUACCAAGCUUUGCUGGUAAAGACGAUGCGUUGUUUGCCUUUAGAAGGACUUCACCAGCAUCACAGUAGC